AUGCCCUCUGCUGAAAAUUCCCCCUCCACCGCUUUGAGCGACACCACAUCAGAAACGCAGUUGGCCCGCAAUUGGUUGCACACAGCCCGUUUUCUCACCACCGCAGCGCAGCUCAAUCAACUCCCUCGCCUAGAUGUGCCCGAAAUCGCUUUUGUAGGCCGCUCCAACGCGGGAAAAUCCACCUGUAUCAAUACCUUAACGCAGCAGCGCCAACUCGCCUAUGCCUCCAAAACCCCUGGGCGCACACAGCACAUCAACCUUUUUGCGCUGGGCAAACAGGGACUGAUGGAUGCCGUUUUGACCGAUUUGCCAGGCUACGGCUACGCCGCCGUGCCGCAAGAGGCCAAGCGCCGCUGGCAGUUGGUUAUGGCUAACUAUUUGAUGAAGCGAGAGAAUUUACGCGCUGUGGUCUUGCUGUGCGAUGCCCGCUUAGGACUCACCGAGUUGGAUGAGCGUUUACUCGAAAUCAUUCGUCCACGCGUAGAAGCGGGUCUGGAUUUUUUAGUCUUACUCACCAAAGCUGACAAACUCAACCGCAGCGAAGCGCAAAAGGUACUCUCCAUCGCCAAACUGCAAACCGGCGGCGGCGGUGUACGCUUAUUUUCCUCCUUAAAGAAAGUCGGCGUUGCUGAAGUAGCCCUACAAAUGCGCACCUGGGCGCCUGCCAUUGAGCCACCCGCCAACCCAUCGGAUAUUGAACCAUCAUAA